AAAAGUGCUAUGAUUGUAGUAGUAAAAUAAAGUAUAAUGAUGUGGAACUCGCCAGGAUGAUGCUUCUGGAUGGGUGUUUUUUUACUAUAUUUCAUCCGCGGGGGAGAUGUGAAACAGUUUCUUAAAGUUCACGAAAUAGUUUGUGUGGUGCAGGACUUGUUCUUGCUGGAGAACCAACUUCCCUAUGGAGUCCUCAAGUUGAUUUUUGAGGCAGCAAAAUUCCAGGGUGGUCUACCAAUGGAAAAGAAUAUUAUAAUAAAAUUCGUCUCUGACAUCGGAAUGCCAGAAGGGUUGUCAUCAGAAAUACAGCUGAAAGAGGUGAACGAAGAGCCCUCUCAUCUCCUCGACCUUUUGCGAAGUGCUCUCCUAGGCCGGUUCCACAUGAUUAGGAGUCAGCCCGAAAAAGAGCAGCAACCUAAGAAAAAAGGAAAGUCGUCGUGGAAAAAAGGCAAACAACGGGGCAUUUGGCAGUCUUUUCGACACAUCAAGGAGCUUAAAGCUGCCGGGAUCUAUCUCAAACCGAGUAGAACGUGUUUCUUGAGAGACGUUUCUUUCAAAUCCUACUUCUUCUUUGGCCACCUGAAACUUCCCCCAAUAACUAUUGAUGACUUCACGAAGACCAAGUUCUUGAACAUCGUAGCCUAUGAAAUGUGUCCAGGUCCAGGUGCCCCAGAUGACUAUGCGGUCACUUCUUAUAUAUGCUUCCUUGACGACCUCAUUGAUCAUGCAGACGAUGUCAAGGAGCUGAGGUCUAAGCACAUUCUCCACAACCUUCUUGGCAGCGAUGCAGAUGUGGCCGAAAUUUUCAACGAGAUUGGCAAUGGCUUGGUAGAUCCCGGAAUUUAUGAAGAUGUGAAAGCUCGUAUUCAGAAACACUACAAGAAGAGAGUGAAUACUUGGAUAGCUCAAGCCCUUCACAACCAUUUCAGGUCUCCAUGGACUGUCAUGGCUUUCAUUGCUGCUCUUUUGGUACUAUUUCUUACUGCGGUUCAGACCUACUACGUUGUUUGGUGUGUGUGAUUAGAAAAAUAAAGAUUCUUGUUUGGUGUGUGUGAUUAGACAAAUAAAGAUGCUUAUAUUGUUAAGUUGUAUCACUGGAUUUCAUGCAUGCAAUAUUAUGAGUCUUUGAAUA